CUCCUUGGCUCCUGCUCACAGCAGACAGGAUUUGGGAUGGUGUUUGGUGGCCUCCAUGCUCUCCCUUCCCACCAGCAGAAGGUUACCUGCUCCUGGCUGCAGGUGCCCCAAAGCAGGGCACGGCUCCCCCGGCUCCUGCUGGCCCAGCCUGGGGGGAGCCAGCUGGCAGCACCCUGGCAGCAGAGAUGGUGGCUCUGUUUCUCACCGAGCUCAGAUAUCAUUAUGAUGGAAUAGCUAUCAAGAAGGAGUCUUCCUUUUAUGCACGUUUUUGCUGUCUUCUGUAUGAACAAAAUUAUCUCAGGCACUGCUCUCCGGGGGAAGUGAGCAUCUCUGAUGUGCAGCCAAGCACCAGCAGAAGUUCCUGGAGUUCUGAAAAUGCAGCUGAUUACAAGAAGAAUAGACAAAAAAAAGGAACAAGUAAGAAUUUGCAGUAUUAUCCAUCUGUCAUUUAUCUGAAGACUGAACAAGAGACAUUUCAUUACCUUUCUCCUGAUUUCAACCAGUUCUUCUUUGGAGAACAAGCACAAAGUGAGACAUACCCCUAUGAACUGAUUGCACUGCUUGCCAAUGACUACUACAACUAUUGUCAAGUUAUUUUACAAAUGGUGAGAGAGACCAAGCUUGACAAGGUGGAAGAUUGUAUCAUGUCAUUCUGGACAUCUCUGCAGCCUGAAAGAAUAGAACUGAUGUGCCUGCCAGAUGUGUGCCAGCUGUUAAAAAGCUAUGAUAGGUAUCUAUUCAAGGAAUUGGAGAACAUUCUACUUCCUGACUUCCUGGAGGAGGUGCCUGCACAGCACAUAGACUCAAUCAGAUCAUUCAGUGAAAAUGUUAAAUGUUGGAUGCUUAAUCCAUUGGGAGGUUUCCCAUUACAGCUCCAAACAUCCAAGUCUAAUGAAGCUAAAGAGUUUGUAAAAAGGCUCAGGAGACAGACAGACCUUUGCAACAUGGUCAAGACAGUAAGGGCACUCUUGAACAACAACAGCACAGUCACUGUUCUGCGAUCAGGCUUGCAUGCCAUCUUCAAUGAGAAAUCUCUGGAUGUGACCAAAGACCUCUUUCAAGAGAAGUUUAGGAAUACAAAGAAGCGGCAGAAAAACAUACAAUUGAAAUGUUUGAAGAACUUCAUUUCUUCACUGACAACUACCACAGAUAUUCGGGAUCUCCUGAGCUGUUUGUCUUCAGAUCUCCAGACUUUUGUUAUUAAGCCGAGCAAGAGUAAAGAGGCAUUUAAAGAGCAGGCAUCAGAUUUCAUGUUGAAAUGGAACCUCCUACUGAGCAAUGUAGGCAAGAUUCUGACCAUCAACAGGACAGACAGUUUUGGAUCCUGGCUUUUGUUGAAUAUGCUACUUGUUGAUUUUGCGGCUCACAUUUUCCAGUCCUAUAUAGAAGAGGAGAAGGAAGAAGGAAAUGCCUUGGUUGCAAAGCAAAACGAGGUCCCUGUUCUUUGUGUUUAUGAGCCCAGCCAUCUCUCAGCCUGUUUUGCUGAGGAGGAGCCUCAAGCCAAUGCUCCACAGACAGCUCUUGUGAUGCAGAACCAGAAUAACUUCGGAUUAAGCAAUGCUUUCCAGAGUUCUGAGUUGUUUGGUGAACACAGCCACUGUCAGCAAGGUGAAAUUAACAUGAACGUAAAAGAAAAUUAUGGGGAAAAUGUUAUAAUUUGGGCAAAUUAGGACAGAUUGGGAGGUGUGUGGCUGACUGGGGUAUUUUCUGCAUGUAAAGUAGAACUAAUGAAAUCCAGGUUUGCAUGGAGCUGUGUCCAAUGUCACUGAAACCUCAACUCACUAAGCAUCCUCCAUAUCCUGCCCCCACCCCACAGUGAUAUCACUGGAUUGUAAGCUCAACAUCACCCACCUCCCCAGCACCACAGGUUCCUCAUUCUUUCCUUAGGUUUCCAGCAGACAUCAUUUGAUUCCCCAAAUGUUGUCCAAGGAAGAGCAGUGCUGUUCUGGUGGGCUGGGAGCAGGCCAUGGGCUAGCUGACAGACUGCAUGUGUUUAUCAAUCAAAAAAGAGAAGGCACAGUGUGGUCUUUCCUCACUUUUGGAAGCACUGAGAGGCUCUCUUCCCUCCAGUAAGCUGUUACUUUUAUCAAAAGAUAUGAAAUAUCUUCAGAAAUAUGAAAUCCUUGAUUUUCUUGCAGUCAGUCCAAUGCUCCAAACUUAUUAGCAUAAGGUGUGACAUACAGGUAGAAAUCAAGAUAGACUCUAAGUCUUCUAGAAUACAAGGCUAAAAUACAAGAACACAUGGGAAUAUGGAUCAAACCUCUGUGGUUAAUGCAAGUGAUGAAUUAGAUAUUCAGCUGUUUUCAUAUUUCUCUUCCAUGCAGUAAGAGCAGACAACAUUGUGUUUUCCAGAAAACUGUGAAAGAAAAAUGUUAAUGGCCAAAACUCACAGAGAAAAUUAGGUGUUUGGGGUGACACUACUAUAGUUAUUUUAUUCCCAAGAGGUAUUCAUUUUUCAUACACCAGCACAGGAGUGGAAAUUGACUGUUUUAAAAAAUCUUUAUUAAUUACAAGGCCCUGUAAGGGACCCAAUUUUUCUUAAAGUAUGCUAAGACUAGCUCAGCAAAGAAAAUUGGAGGGGAGAAAGCAGUCACACAGAGGACAAACCAAGAAUGAUUUAUAUGUGUGAUGGGCAUGUUUGACAGCUUUUGUUAUUUUUCAAAUGUAAAAUAAAGACCAUCCUGCCAUACCACCUUUAUGUCACAAUGUAAACUGUGCUGGCUGCUGACAAUUUGCAAGAGAGCUCUAAAUCAGUGAUGGUCAGAAAUGAGGAAAUGAGCCACCAGAAAUUUUAUUCGGUACCUGCCCGUUUCCUGUGCUCUUCACUGUGCUGCCUUUUGUAUGUCCCAUGCCCAUUGCAAUGCUUUUUGCAGGGGUCAUCAGACAAGGGCUUGACCCAGGUUUGACCUUUGGAAGUGAUGUGCUUAUAAAUAUGUAUUUGAAUAUGUUUUGAAUUUUUGUACCUGAUCACAAGAACAGAGCAAGGCUGAUUAGAGAGAGGGAUGAGGAAUCAUCCCUUUCAGAAUAAGAGGGGAAGAGUGUAAAAUGUGAAAUAAGGAGUAUGAGGACUUGGGAGAAGGUGUGGAUGAGGGAAGGACACAGUGAAUGACUGAGAAAGUGUAGAAGUUUAGACAUCAAAUAACCCAACAGAUGAUGGAUUCUACCAGUCCAUGUGCAAGAUGCUAUAACUGGGAUGAAAAAGAUAUUCUAGCAAGCACUUGUUAUGUUGUGGUUCAAGUGCUUACAGUUUGUGAUGGAGUCAAAAAACUUGAACCUGCAGCUCAAAAGGGUUCAGGAGCUGUGAGAGAGUGAGUGAGCACUUUUACCUGCUCAUGUUCUUCAGAUGGAUGGUGCUCCCACCUUGACCUUUGCAGAUUCUUUCUUUUGUAUAUCCACACUGAUGCCACGGGUUGCUGAAAAGCAGAGCUGCCAAAGCAUCUCUAUCACCCACUGCUUUGUUUGUAUUGCCAUCUCUGUAGUUCCUCUGACAAGAUUUCCAUUGCAUGAGGAUUUUUGUUCUGUGACUUUUGACCACCAAAAAUCAUCAUCAUGCUUCCAAGGACCCAUCUGUCCCUGCUCUUGACUAAUCCCCCUUUGGCCAUAGCCCAUUCUGUUGGGUAUCUCAGCAGCCAUAGCAGCAUCCACCAGCCACACUGCUGUUUCCUGGACCACAUUUCUGCUGCCUGACAUAUUGCUCAGGUUUAUUUCAUAAUUUUUGCUUUUAAUUCCUUCACCUUAGGCAGGCUUGGCAGCUUUCUGUAACCCAGAGCUUUUCAUCAGUUCCCAUCCUCCACUCCAUCCAUUGCCAGCAUCACCCAACCUCCGUAGUUUUUAAUCUUGCUCCACAAGUCAUUUCUAUGCCUUCUCUACAGCCUGUUAUGCUGUGGAAAAAAAAAAAAAAAUUCUCUUAAUCACACCUCCCCGCUCAGCUCAUUGAAAUUAGUGCUAACCACUUGGUCUUGCUACAAAACCCUGGAAAAAUAUGAGGGAAGACUGGUAACACGAAUCAGAAAAGAAUCUCCCUGAUAUCAGCAGCACCAAUAUGUGUGGCUUAGCAGAUCCCUUCUUGGUCUUUUAGUUGUCACCUCUAUUCUUCCUCUUCCUUCUCCAUCUGUUUCUAGUCUUCCAUUCCUAGUUGAUGCUGAAUAUAAAUUAGACUCCUCAGCAGGGAGACCAUCUUUUCCUAUUUAUUAUGAACAGCGCAGUACAUUUAUGAAUCUUAUCUUUAAAUAUAGUUUGAAUCAUUAAUACAUAGAGUUAAUAAAUAGAGUUAAUAGUUUUGCAAACAGAAUACAUUCCAGGUUGGUGGGAUCUCCCAGGGAAAACACUGGUUUUAUGUGAAUAAAAACGUAGAGGGCAGGGGGCAAGAGAGUAGAAGAUUGGUACACACUGGCUUAGCAGGGAAGUGUGGCAGAUGAAAUGUUAUAGAGCCAAACACACAUAGUAUGAAAUCAAAAUUGAUGAAGCUGGUGGCAGUAACAGAGAUGCUCUGAACAAGCCAUAAUCUAUUAAAGUGCUGUUCAGAGAGAAUUGGUCAGAUCUUUAUUCCUUAUCACGGAGCUUGCAGUUGCUUUCUCUCAGCAUGAAUAGCAUUUUUUUUUUCAUCUAGAAAAUCUCAUUCUAGGUUUCUGCUUUUUUUUCUCUUGUUACAAAUUAAAAUCCUAUUAAGCAGCACACCUGCAGUGGGUUCGUCUGCAGAGCACUGUGCUGUAGCUUUUAAUCCAAUUCCACACCUUCCUAACAUACAAUAUACUGCAAAUCAGGGCACGAAGAUACUGAGGGUAUGCUAUUCCUAGCUCUGUUGGCAGAGAGCAAAUCAAACCCUUUGGUUUGUUAAAAAGGGAGAAAAAAUAGGACAUAGUUAACUACUUGACUUGUAGGAAUGGUAAGUGUUCAUCUGAGUGGUCUGUAUAAACCAGGAUACGGAGAUCAAGUGAAAUCAUUAACUAAAAUGAUCAAAAAAUGAGAGCAGAAACAUGACCCUGCUUGAAUUUGGUGUCAAAACUUCUUCUGACUUUAAGAAAGCCAGAAUUUCAGCAUGAAAAAGCAGUCCCCAUCAGGAGAGAGGCUGAGACUGUGUGUCAGCUGUAAACCCUUCUAUUCAUUUUCAAAACAAAUAAAGUGUGAGAAGUGUGAAUGAUGUAUUCAAAGGGGAUAUGCCCUUCUGUCAGACCUUUGCCAUCCUAUGAUGAACCCCAAUGUGUGCUUCCUCUAGUGGGGUUUAUUUGAUGUAAAAUAAGGCUGGAUAUCUAUAAAAUACCUCAGGUUCAGCAAGUAAGAAUAGGGAAGACUUUUUUGUUCAAUGAAGGGAGAAACAAAUGAUUUACAACUCCUACAGUCAAAACAUUUCCAUGUUUCUUUUCUAAUUUUCAGCACAUCCAGAUAAUUUAGGAAGAGAAAAUUAUUAUAUCAUGUACUAAGUUGGAUCUUCAAGUUGGAAAGGAAACAUUUCUUACUCAAAAAGAUGAAAUGAUAUUUCUUUGCCUCCAAUGAACAGCAAAUCUUCAGAGAAAAGCAUCCUGGCUGUAGCAUUCUAUAUGAUAUGCCAUUCUUACUUUUUGAUAAAAGUUUAAGAAAUACUGUUUUCAUUCUCUUACACUAAAGAGCUUUCUUUUUUUUUUUUUUUUUAAUAAGGAAUGCAAAACUGGGCUAGCAAUGCAAUUAUUUUAAGUUGUCAUGUGAUUUGAUUUGGAUUAUUUGAAUAAAUCUUCAGAAGAUAAAGGUGAA